UGACGCAGGAAUGGUUAAUAGGACAGGCAGCAGGUGGAGAGACAUGCAGACAGAUGAGCAGCAGCAGUAGGAGCCACUGUGUGCUGACAGUUAGGGCUGAGCCGUGGAGAAAUGAGCAACGAUUUACUAAUUUGUCCCUGCAGCAGGCAAAAUUGUUAAAGAAAAAAAAAAAACAGGCUGGUAGAGCUUAUACAUGCAUGGUUUCUCCGUCUGCCUCUGACGUUGAACGGGACGCCAGCGAGUAGCACUUGCAGUCAAUUGCUGGGCAAAUGACUUGAGGAACUCUAGUCGAAAAUCAGCGGACAGAGAAAGCGGUUUUAUGGGAAAUGAAUGUGACCGGGAAACAGCAACCUGAGCUGAUCGAGCGACCCGCCAACCUUUUGGUUCCAACUUCGACAAAAUCUGGAAUUGCUUUGCUGUACAAUGAGGAGACCAACAAUACCUAUGAUGUCUGCCUAAAAUUGAUCAAAGAAGUAUUAACCAUACAGAAGCUGGAUGUGGUUUGCACAAGUGGAAGUGAAUCCCAAGUAAAUCACAGAACUGUUGUACUGCGAAGACAGGCGACUGGCGGUCUGGGCUUAAGCAUCAAAGGAGGUGCGGAACACAACGUGCCUGUGGUUAUUUCUAAAAUUUUCAAAGAUCAAGUAGCCGAUCAGACGGGGAAGCUAUUCGUCGGGGACGCUGUGUUGCAGGUCAAUGGCAUAAAUGUAGAGCCUUGUACUCAUGAGGAAGUUGUUCACCUCUUGCGCACUGCAGGAGAUGAGGUCACCAUCACUGUUCGCUACCUGCGAGAAGUUCCAUCAUUUCUAAAACUGCCUCUAGGUUCUCCUGGGCCGUCCACUCACAGCCGAGUAUCCUCUCCGUUGUUUGACAGUGGCUUACAUUUAAAUGGGAACGGAAACAACACGGUUCCUUCACCCCCGUCGCCCUCUGCUAAUGAACCAAAGUAUGAGAAGCGCUGGCUGGAUGCCGUCUCCCUGCCCUUGUUGAUGGCCAGAGUCUCCAGAUACAAAGCUGGCACAGAUAAAUUAAGGUCCAACUGUUUUGAAGUCUUCACCUUGGAUGGAGCCAGCACCAAUAUUCUUCAAUUUUGCACUGCAGCAGAAAGCACUGACUGGCUCCAAGCAAUAUCUACAAAUAUCAAUGACUUGACACAGGAGAACAUAAAAAUCGUCAACAAAUACUGCUCUUCAGAUGAUCAGAUUGUUCACAUGGGCUGGGCAUGUGAAAGCUCCGAGGGAAACGCUGCUGAUAGAACCUCAGCAUUCAAGUUCCUGGCACUGAGAGGACCAUAUUUUUAUAUCUUCAGAAGCCCCCCGAUCAGUGCCGCUGACUGGGGACAAGCUGAAACAACAUAUAACCUCUAUGAGGUUCUUUUCAAGGUCCACAAGCUAUGGAUGGCAGAAGACUGCUGGCUCCAGGCGAGGCUCUACUUGGGGCUCGAACAUUCUCCUGAGCAGCAAGACAAUGAGUCUCUGUGCUUCAGUAUUCUGGUCGGCCACGGCCAGAGCCACACCUUCAGGGUAGAGUUGGCCACGGACCUGGCUAUCUGGGAGAAGUCCUUCCAAAGAGCGGUCUUCUUGGAGGUGCAGCGAAUACGAUCUAAAAGCUACAUGUGCAGCAGCCAGGGGAAUGUGCUGUGCUUCACCAUAGAUUUUGGAUUAGGCUUCAUCUGCUCAGAAGGCACUUCAAAGACCGCACUGUGGCGAUAUAAGUUCUCUCAACUUAAAGGCUCCUCUGAUGAUGGGAAAACCAGGGUAAAACUCCUUUUCAAGAAUGCUGAAAGCAACCAAAUAGAGAUGAAGGAACUAGAGUUUGCCAAUUUAACAGCCGUCCUUCACUGUAUACAUUCUUUUAUCGCUGCCAAAGUGGCCUCCAUGGACCCUCUCUUCCCUUCCCUUUCCUUCCCUGGAAAUUACAUGAACAGUUGACUUGUCCUCAUCGUCAUGUGCACCUGUGGCAAAUCAGCAGUAUUUUGGGCACAAAGCCAAUUGAAAUGUAUAACUUGUUCUUGCUAUUUUUGUAUGAACUACUAUUUGUAAAAGACUGUAAAGGUAGAUGAUGUGUGAAAAAUAAUGGCGGAAGGAAGAUGUUAUUUAAUUUUUGACAUGUAGAAAAAAAACACAAUCCAAACGGAUUCACAGUUCUUCCAUUUAUUUAAUAUGUUUUCUCCCAUUACAUAAUGGACACUGAUUCUAAUCGCAGGUUAUCGUCUACUUGUCACUUUGAAAGGCAUCACCCGUGCAACCAUAUGGUGUAUAACCGCCAUACAUUUGACAACAGGACACGAAUGGCUAAACAUAUCAACUGCCACUGUUUCUAGCAGAAAUUCUCAGCUGAUGCUGUAUCUAUGAAGAAUAAUGAUGCCGUACCUAAAUCUAGUAAGUACAUUUUAACAGACAUUAAUCUGAUGCUGGCUUACUGUCAUGGGGGGGGGGGGGGGGGACUCACAUUUGCCACAGGUCUUUGACAGGGAUUUAUUUUAUUUUAAAUUUACAGUUGAACAGAAAUGAAAAUGCUAACCUU